AUGGGGAUUGGUGGGAUGAAAAGGGUGAAAGGAAGCAGCACAGGAAAGGACAGGGAGGACAGAGAGCAGGUGAACUCCCCAAAACAGUGCCCGGUGAGGUUACGGACAAAAGCUCACAGGGAGAAAAGAGGGGAGAGGCGUGGGAGGAGCAGGGCCUGGGAUGGCUGGGGUGGGCAGUCCCGGGGCCGACUGGGGCACAGAGAGGGCUGCGGGAGGACGGCCCCGAGGUCUGAGAGCCGCCGGGGCGGGACGGAAAGGCUGGGGCAGGCACCGAGGCGCCCUAGCCAUGCGGGGGCCGCGGUCACGGGGGAAGGCCGGGGUGGGAGGGAGGGAGCGGGCAGCCCCGCGGUGGUCGGGGAGCUCCUGCGGGGCCGGGACGGCCACUCGCGGCCUCCCCGCUCCGGCCCGGCCCGCGGCUCCGAGGCCGGAUCCACGAGCGGCCCGGGCAGCCACCGCCGCCGCCCCCGCGCUCCCGGGCCGGCAGCGCCCCCGGGAGAAGAAAGGCGGGCGGGCGGGCCGGGCCCGACCGCCCCUUCCCCCGGUCCCCGCGGCGUGACUCAGUGCCGGGCCCCGCGCCGCCGCCUUCGCGUCCUGCCGGGCCGGGCCGGGCCGGGCCAGGCCUCGCUGCGACACAACGCCGCGGCCUCCCUGCACUCACCAGCAUCGCGCGUCCCGCAGAGUCAGGGCCACGUCCGCCCGCCCCUUCCGCCUCCGCCGGGCCCGGAUCCGCCGCCGCCGCCUCCCCCCGGCGCGGCCCGGGGAUCGCGGAGGCGCCGCCCCUCGCAGCCGCCCCGCCCCGGCUCACGGCGGGCGGGGAACCGGGGCUGCGGCUGCCCGCGCCGGCAGGGCCCGGUGGGGCUGGGCCUCGGCCUCGGCCUGCGGCGGAGCCCGCCCGCCCGCAUGAGCCGCUCGGCGGGGGAGGCCGGCCCACCGCCAUCCCCUUGGCCUGCCCGAGGGGUCGGUGCUCCGACCCCUCCCCAGGUUAGUCCGGUGCCAGAAGAGCUGAAGGAUGAGCUGAAAGACUUGGGAGUGACGAUUGAUGAAAAACUCAACGUGAGCCGGCAAGUACCCCAGCUGGAACGCUGUGUACAGUUCUGAUGUCCCCAACAUAAGAAGAACAUGGAGCUGUUGGAGUAAGCCAAAAGGAGGCCUCGAAGCUGAUAAAAGGACUGGAACACCUCCCCUGUGAGCACAGGCUGAGAAAGCUGUGGCUGUUCAGUCUGGAGAAGAGAAGGUUGUGUGGAGACCUCAGCAGCUUUCCAGUAUCUGAAGAAUCCUAGAGGGAAACUGGAGAGGAGCUCUUUGUCAGGAACUGUAGUGAUAAAACACAGGGUAGUAGGUACAAAUUCAACAAAGGGAAUUUUAAGUUAGAUAUUUGGAAGAAGUUCUUUACUGUAUGGGUGGUGAGGUGCUGGAACAAGGGAAUAAGUUGUCCAGGGAGGUCGUGGAUGCCCCAACCCUGGCAGUGUUUAAGGCCAGGGAAGUGUCCCUGCACAUGGCAGGGGGUGUUGGGACUAGACGAUCUUUAAGGUCCAUUCCAAAACCUUAACAUUCUGUGAUUCCAUGUGUUUCAGGAUUACAUCAUUAGACAUGAUAAGACUUUCCUCCAUCCAUAGCUAAGGAGCUGCUUCUGUAUUUAUGAGAAAGACAGGUUUCCAAAGUGUCCUGGACACAGUGAAUGGCACCACACCAAGUCUGGGAGCCUGAAUGGAUGGUACAGCUGUGAGUUAACAGUGUGUCUUUGUCAAGCAAAUGUUAAACCAAACUGUGAAGCUCCUCUGAGCUCCUGAUGUGAAUAACAUCAGGAAUCAUUGCCUCUAAGUGCAUGAACAUUGCCUUGAAAACUGAUUAAAAUGUGGCUUUUGUAAGAGCUUAGAAAUCUUUCUGUAAUUGUAAGUUUCAGAGUAGUAACAAGACAACUUGAAAACAACACUGCAGAGAGAAGAGGGUAGAAAUUGAAAGAAAGAAAUUUACAUUGUUCAACUGUGAGCUGCUUGGAAAAUGUGUGAUGGUAUUUGGCCUGACUUAUUGAGAGAUACGGAGUUACAUGAACCUGUUUGCAAUCUGCAAACAAAUUAAAGCAGAACUAUCUACGGUAGAUAACUUUAAUGUAUGAUAAUAAAACAUAAACCUCCUAGCAAAUUUGCAUCACUUAUAUGUGGAUUGGAAGUGGGGCAGUUAUUUUUUCUUUCUAAAAGUACAAAAUUGAUGAUACAAAAUCAUACCAAAAUUAGGACAGGUUUCAGAAAAGUAGUGUUUUGGAGUCAGUUCUGUCUUAUUUAUUCCUGAAGACUGGAAUUAUAUUGCUGGAGCAGUUGUUGUGAAGAAAAAAACCCAAGGUUUGUAAAAGAUGCCAUAAAAAGUACUUAUCCUUUAUACUAUUAUCAAGAGUUAAACCUGUGAAAUUCAGUAGCUUCAUGGGAAAGGAAAGAGAAAUGGGGAAGCAAUAGGAGGAAACAGAAGAUUUCUUUUCUUUGCAAAGUGCUUCACUUGCAUUCUGGUUCUACUAGUUGUUCACCUUUUCUGAAAAUUUGCCUUCUCAAAGCUAAUGGUCCUUAGUCAUGUUUGUGCUGGAAAAAUUAUUUCCCUGUAUAAUAAUGCCUUCCCAUGGCCCAGCCUACUGAAGUGGACACAAGCAAAGUCACUGACAAAGCUCUUCCAAUGAAACAGUGCUGACUAAGGAGCACUGUGUGAAGAACUGGUUUAAUGUUCAGGGACGCUGAACAUUCAACCAGGAGGGACACUGUCUCAGUCAGCUGGGUGGCAUCACGACGCUUAUAUUUUGCCUAUGUAGGUAUACUUUGCAAAUACCAUUCCUGGCCAUGACUAAAUUUCUGGUUUGCUGACAUACAUGAGUUGUAGUAGAGGAGAGUUUGUGUGAGUCAGCAUCAGCAUGGCUAGUUCUGCAUGGUGUGUUAAACACUGGGACAGUGAGGGCAAACAAAAUAGUUUGUGUGGGACAGGAACCAAAUCCAAAGGAGGGUGGUCUGAUCAUGAAAAAUAAGGACUGGUUUUUCAGUCUUGGAAAGUUAGGUUUUGGUGCUGUAUUUUACAGCAAUUGUCUUUGCAAGAGGUAAAGGCAUCAUUGUUUUAAAGCCUAAAACAAGGGGACAAUAGAGCUAUAGAUAGCAAGAAAAGUGAAAGAGAAAUGACAGGAAGGGAACAAUCUAAAGGGAGAAGGAAGGCCUGGAUUGUGGAUUGGCAUGAUCUUGCACUAAACUGUUUUUUUUUUUUUUUUUUUUUUUUUUUUUUUUUUAGCUUUUGUGAUUAACUGCAGUAUAAGCCUGAGAUCUGACAGUUUGGAGUGUUGAAAUUUGUUUAUCUUUUUCCUCAAGGCUGCAUUAUGAUUUGUGCUCACUUUAUAGAGACAAGGCACGGCUCUCCGAUUUUAUUCACGCUAGUGGUAGCUGAGUUAACACUCAGAAAAGGUAGGCCAUAAAAAAAGCCAACUAGACAAUUCGGACAUGGUGCAUAACAUGGCUCCUUCAUACAUCCAUUGAAAGAAUUCCAACAGCAGGGUAAGUGAUCACAGAGAGAAAAGGGAACUGAAUGCAGGGAAUUGAAUGCCAAAAUACCUAUUACCAAAUUACUCAUUGCAGAACGGCUCAUGCAUUUUAAAUUGUCCAAUGGAAUUUAUGUACUUUGUGUGAAAGGAGAGAAACUUCCCCUUAGAGACUGAGGCAGCCAGAAUUUCAAAGACAGAUUUCGUGAGAGAAAUCCAGUCUUUUUUUUUUACUAAAAUGAACUUAUGGUGCUGCUGAGAGGGGCCUGUUUUCAAAAUAACUUGCAGGUCUCACACUUGUUGCAUCAGCAGUGAAUCAGCAUACACUAAGCAAGAAAAUUAUCAUUACAAUGUUUGCUGUCAGUUUAUGUAGGUAGCUCCCUCAGCAAAGAAGAAAAGCCUGAGUCAUUCAAAGACAGAGUUGCAGUGGCUGCUAGUUGAUUACUACUGUCAGGAGUCUGGGCUGAUUUGGAGGGAUACUUUCCCCGCUAGCUACAUGUGCAGUGAUGGUCUGAAAACCAUCAGUAAUUAAUUAUAUCACCCCCUUGAUACAGCCAGGAGGACAGGCUUGGUAUAGGCAGAGUAGGUGACAACCAGAUUUGGUAAAGGUUGCAUGGCUGUAUUAAACAUCUCUUGCUUUUUCUAGCAGAUUUGUUUUCCUUGGUGUUUAGGUAAGCUCCUAAGUGGUGGUUUCCCAUUUAAAUGCUUUAUUCCUGGUUUUGAGUUGAGCCCAGUGUGCUCUGUAGCUCUGAGAGCCUUUGUUUUUGAGCUAGUGAGAGGCUGCAGGCAUGUUUUUCCUCUUCUUGUUUCUUCUUGGGAGGAUUGCAAGCUAAGAUACAGGAAAUAAAAAACAACAUGUUUGGGAAAGGGAUAUAUAGUUGUGUACAGUAUGUAAGCAUACUACCAAUUUCUUCAGCUUUUUUGUUGAGUAGAAAAUUUGAGUUUCAGGAUAUUCCAUGAUUGCUUGUAAAUCAGUCUUGGACUCAGUCUCUCAUGCACAUUUGUAUAAAGUACUGGAGAAGAGAUAUCGUCUGUGCUUCUAUUCAGUGGAGCACAAAAGAAUAUGUGAAUGACAGAUGAUAUUCCACUACUUUGCUGCUUCGUGUGCUGUCAGUCUCUGUGAAGGUGAAGAACAUUUUGUGGAGAUCAAAUUGUUCUUCACAAAGGCCAGUCUCUGCAUGUGCCAGGCUCCUACAUUGAAUAAAAAGGCAGCCUAGGAGCAUUCACAAACAUGGUAACCUUUGGUUAAUCUGCCCCUUUAAUGAGCACAGGUCAAUGUUUUUAUUGUCAAGCACUCUGGCUGUAUCACCAGCAGGAACAAUAUGUGUAUACAGAUAUGUUUAUAGAGGGCACACAACCAGCUCUCCUCAAGCCUUCUGGUUUUUUCUCUUCUCUGACAGGUUGUCUGUCACCUGAACGAUUGAUUUUUUUAGAGGUUUGCAGCAGUCUGAAUUCCAGUAUUAGAGCAGAGAAGAGGAACAGAGAAAAGUUGAGUUAGAAGGAAGCUACAACCAUAUUUUACUCCAUGAGCACUUUAGCCUAAUCACUUCUAGUAGUUCUGACCUCAAACUGGGAUGUGGAGAUAUUAAGAAGAAUAGGAUCACAAGAAGUGAAGCAUCAUUGCCCAUCCAGAGCAAAGAAUAUUAAUGUCUCUUUGGGCAUGAGCAGAAGAUGAGCAAAUAUUCACCUUUUUCUAAACUUGGAGAUAUUUAAAUUCCAAAAUGGAGAGUAUUUAUUCAUACAUCUAAAGUCACACAGGUACUCUGGGAAUUCAUAAUAGACAGAUGGUGGUAGUGUUUUUGGUUGGUUGGUUGGGGUUUUGUUGUUUUGUUUUUUUCUUUGCAGUAAUUUCUAGACUACAAGCUUUCAAUCAUAAAUGGUCUACUUCCACUAAUGCCUCUGGUAUCUACUGUGGCAAAUAAUGCACUGAUCCACUGCCUUUUCUUUUUCCAUCCUGUUCUUCAUUGGGCUGAAGGUUUCUCUUUUGCCUGAGAACCAAGACUGAGCAUUGGUUUAACUCAUUAAAGCUCCUUCUUUGUAGGAGUUUUUACAGGCUGAAAGACAACCUUGGUUAUGCUUCUCUUUUUUUCUUUUUUAAAUUUUUAGUAGCAGCUAAUCUGCUGCUAAUGUAACAGAACUCUGUUUCAUUGAUCUUUAGUAAAGCUAAUAUUUCCUUUGUUUGUUUUCUGUAGUUAUUUGAUAUUUUGUGAUGGUGAACAGGCAGCUGUUCACAGACACAGCAUGUGUAAUGAAAGAAAUUGAUGUGUAUAAACAUUUUUCAUAGGGGAACACUGCUCUUCGGGCUUAACUUGUUUCUCACUAUAUUUUUACCUGAAGGACGGAGAACAAGGAAGAGCAGUGUCACAGGAGCAAGCCACAACUCAGCUUUUCACACUCAGCAGGUUCAGAACAACAGUUUUUCCUUACUGCAUUCUUCCUCAGGCUGAAACUUCAGACCUUCCAAGGCUCACUCUCCUUGGUUUGAGCCCACUGAGAUGCUUCACAGGACACAUUCUCUUGUAGGGUAGUUAGAUUCUCUCUGAUCAACAUUGGGUCUAACCUCUGUACAUGGAAUUCCUAAAAGCAGGAAGGUCUAGUAAGGUACAUGGCAGGAGAUUUUUCAUUUGACCGGCUUCUGAUUUUCAUCUGACAAGCUUCUGAUUUUUCCUUCAGUGCCACGAUACUUAAGAGUCUAUGUGCUUAAACCUUAUGGUUUAGGUCUUGUAGAAGUGUAAGAAAAUAGCUGGAGGAAAUAUUUGUAUGCUAACUUCUCACUAGCUUGACAGGUAAACAUAGUGAAUUGUAAUAUAUUAAAUAUGUGGGUACAAAUUACAAGAGGGGAAAUUUGAGUGAGGUAUUAGGAAAAAGGUCUUUACUGUGAGGAUGGUGAGUUGCUGGAACAGAUUGCCUAGGGAGGUUGUGGAUGUCCCAAAUCUGGCAGUGAUCAAGGCCAGGCUGGAUAAGGCUUGGAGCAACCUGGUCUAGUGGAAAGUGUCCCUACCCAUGGCAAUGGAGUUGGGAGUAGGUGGUCUUUAAAUUCCCUUCCAACCCCUUAACAUUCUGUUUCUAAAACAAUCCAUAAGAGAAUGAUUUGUAGUAAUUUAAUGUGUUAUCUGUACAUAUCAGUGCAUGGCAUCAAAAUAAGAUGAAUGUUUGCAGGAAUGGUAAGAAGACAGGUGGUUUGUGUGGUCAGGAAAUCAGAUGAUACCUGAAAAGCUGACUGAAAUGUAGCCUUCACCACAGAAAUCUCUGCAAGUCGCUGCUUUUGAUAUUUGUGGUGUGGGUCUGUGGGUACCUAUGACAGUGACAGGAGCUCCUGCACCUUCUGGGCAUCUACAGGCUUUGAAGAUUGCUUUUUCCAUGAAAAGACUCUUGCUCUGGGACUGACAGUGAGGCUUAUGAGCAGACACAUCAGCCAGUGCCAGAGGACACUGGUCCUUCACCUGGCAUUGCAAAACUCAGCAGUGCUGCCCUUUACUGAACAUGCAAUGUGUUUCUCUAACACAGAGAUUUCAGUCCUUUCCCUCUUUGCUCCCAUGGCCUGGCUCUUCUCCCAGCUAGGGAGGUUACUAUUUCUUGAGCCUUUACUUCUAGGGUUGCUUCCCUUUCAGUACCAAUUCAGGACCUCUCAGGAACUGGAAACAAGCUGCUCCUUCAUGGCUUCUGUUUCCUGCCUUUGCUUAUGAACAGCUCUGGCAAGAGCACUGCUGCUGCAGCUUCUUCCAACUUUGCCCGAAUGCAGCUCUGCUGUCUCUAACUGGUGUCCUCAGCACAGGCCCUCCAUUGCACUUACCAGUGCUGCUGGAACGUGAGGUUUGUUUCCACUAACUCAGGAGCUCACUGGAGGCAUAGAUACAGGCAUAGGUAUAGAUGUGUGCUUGUGUGCCUGCAUCUUUUCUUCCUGGUUGUUUCUAAGAGAUCAUUAUGCUUGUUUUGUACCAGGAGUGGGCAGAGGCAGUAGCAUCUUCUGCUGCUGUUUUCAAUGUGAACAAUGGUGUUUUGCCUAAAAGAACAGUUUGUUCAGACAGACACAAGUGUUUCCUCGUUUCAGAUAGGAAUCCAUCCAUCUUCAGUAGCCUACACCAACGUCUCCAAUGACACACUGGGUGGCUUUCCCUUUUCGCCCACAGACCACUCAAGAAGAAAACCUUAUGGGGGGGAGACCAACAGUCCUUAUGCAUUCCAGGGGUGAACAAACGUGCUGGGGUGAUAUGUUCUCAAAGCCACAAUCUCUAGAGAAUGCAUUCUCUCUAUAGAAUACAGGAUCCUUUCCUUCAGUGGUACUUAUCUGAGAUGUUUUAAACUGAUCUACACAACUGAGUUGGUUAUUUGUUUUCCUUUAGUGUUGCAGGGAAAACCUGUUCAGUCCACAUGGUUUAAAGCAAGUUGGGAUCUGAGUGCUUUACUGAUCUGUCAACAACAUGAAAUUAAGCAGCAAUCAGUGAAAUGUUGCAUUUGAGAUCAACAGUAGUAAUACAACAGGUAAACUCCCAAACUAGACAUAUACUCAUGUUAAUGAGCACCAGAAGAUUUCUAAACCCCUUCUGUAACAAAAGCAGAAGAGAUUUCUGAAGUGCUCCAAGCCUUUCCAUAAGAAAGAUAUGGAUUGUGUAAAGCCUUGGUGAGAACUCAUUUACACCCAUGGUAUAAAUUCCUUUCUUUACAUAGUCUGGAUAUCCAGAUGAAUUUACAGGGAUGCCUUGCAGCUGUACACAAUGUGUGGCCUCCAAGGACAGGGAUGGCCUCAUGAUCACAGGGACUUGGUCUCUAGACUUUAAAGGUUCAGUAAAGUCAAAACCUUGAAUUAAUUUUCUAUACCGAGCUAGUAUAAUCGCUGAAUGUCCAAAAAUAGUUUGUGUGAUUCUUGUCUAGAUCAGACAGAUUUUAGUGAUUUGCCUAAUGAGAGCUGCCAAAAUGCCUUAAUGUUCCUAUCUCAGAAGUCUGAGAGAUACCCGAUGAAUUUUUAUAGCUUGGAGACCCAUUCUGCUGGCUAAUAGCAACUACCUUCACAUUAUUGCAAGAAAAAGGUGGUAGACUUAAACUCAGUACAGCAAGUAAUCACUUUUACCCUAAUUCUCUUGUGUUUUUUCAGAGUGAAGUACAUAAAACCCAGAUAGUAACAGAUGAUGUACAUUUUCUUAAAAUGGUAAAUUACAAGUCAAUUAUGAAGGAAUUAAAAUUGCUGUUGUAAAAUAAA